GCGAUUCACUCGAGCACGCGGCCAUUCACAGUUUCUGGUCCCUCCGGUGACUGAAUGACCAGCCAGAGCUGAACUCAUUCUCCCUUUUAGAGCCGCGUUGAGCUUUUAUUUCCCUCCGUUUGAGCCGGUGUAGAGUUAAAGCCCGGCUCGUCGGCUCCAAACGAUGCUGCUGAAGUUGGAAAGUAAUGAGCGAGGAUGCUGAAACUGCUGGCAAGCCCGCUUUGUUCGGAGGAGCGCAAGGCUUCUGUGCCGCCGUCAUUCCGCAGCUGGUUCCCUGCUGCUUUGUCUUCUCCUGGCCCGGUGAAAUUGACCGUGAGCAGCGUGGUGUGUCCGGGUCGGACUACCCCCGCCGGUCGCAGUGCCAUCCUGUCAGAAACAUGAGUCUGUGUGGGGCCGGGGCUAACGGUGGGGCCAAUGGUGGGGCCAAUGGUGGGAGCAGAGAAAGAGGAGGAGGAGGAGAGCAUUUUAGGGAACAGCGUCGCCGCUCCAGCGAUCGCUCUCGGGACUCAUCGCAUGAGAGAGGGGAGAGCCAGCUCACGCCAUGCAUCAGGAACAUCACCUCUCCGACGCGACAGCACGAUCGCGAGCGCAGUGAAGGAGGCUCCUCAUCCAGAUCGUCCAGCCCACGUCCUCCGAGAGUUUCUCAUUCGUAUUCACAUAUAGGUCUGAUUGGUGGGCAGAUACCGCGACCUCUGGGGCCCCCCGGGGUAAACCACCACUCCAAAAUCUUAGGCCAAGGGCCCUGCGACAUGAUCUAUGUGUACGACAUCGGUAGCAAAGAGCACCGCAGUGGUCUGCGACCAGGAGAGAGAGUCACGCUCAUCGUGGACAACACCAGAUUCGUGGUGGAUCCUGCCAUCUUUACAGCUCAACCCAACACCAUGCUGGGCAGGAUGUUUGGUUCCUGUCGGGAAAACAAUUUCACUCGGCCCAACGAGAAAGGAGAGUUUGAGGUGGCCGAUGGCAUCAGCUCCACGGUGUUCCGAGCCAUCAUGGAUUACUACAAGUCGGGGAUAAUCCGCUGCCCUGACGGCGUUUCCAUUCCCGAGCUGAGAGAGGCAUGUGACUACCUCUGCAUCUCCUUCAACUACAGCACCAUCAAGUGCAGAGAUCUCAGCGCCCUGAUGCACGAGCUGUCCAACGACGGAGCACGGCGUCAGUUCGAGUGUUACCUGGAGGAGAUGGUGAUGCCGCUGAUGGUCGCCAGCGCCCAGAGCGGCGAGAGGGAAUGCCACGUGGUGGUUCUGACCGACGACGACGUGGUGGACUGGGACGAGGAGUACCCGCCACAGAUGGGAGAGGAGUACUCACAAAUCAUCUACAGCACCAAGCUCUAUCGCUUCUUCAAAUACAUCGAGAACAGAGACGUCGCUAAAUCAGUGCUGAAGGACAGAGGACUGAAAAAGAUCCGUCUGGGAAUAGAAGGUUACCCGACAUAUAAGGAGAAGGUGAAGCGACGUCCAGGAGGUCGCCCAGAGGUCAUCUACAACUACGUCCAACGCCCCUUCAUCCGCAUGUCCUGGGAGAAGGAGGAAGGAAAGAGCCGCCAUGUGGACUUCCAGUGCGUCAAGUCCAAGUCCACCACCAACCUGGCCGCAGCUGCAGCCGAUAUCCCCCAGGACCAGCUGGUGGUCAUGCACCCUCCAAAUCCACAGGUGGAUGAGCUGGACACCCUCCCCCCUCUGCCAGGUGCUAACGAACUCCACCAGCCGAUAAUCGGGCCGGCGCCAGAUAACCACCCAGGAGCUCAGCCUUCGCAGCCCUACGACGGCCCAAACCAGCAGGAGAACCAGAACCAGGGUCCUCGCAGCCACCAGCAGCCACACGGCAGCAGCAGCCACUGUCAGACGACGUACCACUACGGUCCGGACCCCGACACUCCGUCCCCCUCAGCAUGA